UGGUCAGACGUAGGAACAGCCUCAGGUCUGUGUACAUUAGCACAGUCGAAGAUGGCGACUGGAGUCCUUCAGAGAGUCGGCGGAGGCUUGGGUCGGGCUAAAGUCAGGGCCCGCUCGGCCGGACAGCUCGUCCUCUGGAGCAGGGGGUUCACAACAUCAAGCAGCAGAAACAGAGAGGACAGCUGGUUUAAAUCACUGUUUGUGAGGAAAGUUGAUCCAAGGAAAGAUGCACACUCCAACCUACUGACCAAAAAUGAGGAAAGUAACCUCUACAAAAUUCAAUUCCACAAUGUGAAGCCAGAGUGCCUGGAUGCAUACAACAAACUCUGUGAGGAUGUUUUGCCCUCCAUCCAUGCUGAUAAGUACUACCCCUGUGAGCUGGUGGGAACCUGGAAUACCUGGUAUGGAGAACAAGACCAGGCUGUUCACCUGUGGCGUUACAGAGGUGGAUACCCAGCUCUAACAGAGGUGAUGAACAAGCUCAGACAGAACAAGGAAUUCACAGCGUACAGGAAGGAGCGAGGUAAGAUGCUGUUGUCUCGCAGGAACCAGCUUCUCUUGGAGUUCAGCUUCUGGAAUGAGCCCAUACCCCGAGAGGGCCCCAACGUCUAUGAGCUCAGGUCCUACCAGCUCAGGCCAGGAACCAUGAUCGAGUGGGGUAAUUACUGGGCCAGGGCCAUUCGAUACCGCCAGCACAACAGAGAAGCUGUGGGAGGCUUUUUCUCACAGAUUGGCAACCUCUAUAUGGUUCAUCACCUCUGGGCUUACAAAGACCUUCAGUCCAGAGAAGACACGAGGAAUGCUGUCUGGCAGCAGGACGGCUGGCACGAGGUGGUGUAUUACACAGUUCCUCUCAUUCAGCACAUGGAUUCCAGGAUUAUGAUUCCAACAAAAGCUUCCCCGCUGCAGUGAAAUGAGAAGCGAACUGGAAGCUGAAAUCAAGUGGCACCCUUUCGAAUGUUAACAUCCAUCCAGAUCAUCAAUAUCGUGGUUUUGACCUUCUGUCAGUGCUGCCAAACAACACCCCUUCUCUUUUCUUGUCUUUGCUUUAAUACUGCAAUAUGUCACUCAGUCAGAGGAGGCAACAAUGCAUACCAUACUGUAUAUUUGGAAUUGAAAUAGUCCAGGCCACUUAAAGCCCUUGACAACGCACAACUCUGUCUUUUUUGGGGGGAUUUCUGAGGCAGGAUGAGUAAAUCUGGCCAAUUUAAACCUCCUGAUGGUCAUUAUGUCCAACGUCACGUGCCACAUUUAAGCUGGUCCAUGUCCAAGUUUAGAACCAACCAAAGUUACUUGAAAAAGACAAGCAGCUAAAUGGUAUAUACACGUGAGAACAGUUAGAAAGAAUAGUACUGCUGAUGCUCACUGCACAAUGCAGUGGCUAUUUAUUUAUUAUAGUGUAAAUUUGGAGUACUUAUAUUAUCUAUGUGUGCUGAGGAAGUGGUACUUUGAUGUGAGCCAUGCCAUUGCUGAGUGAGGAGAAAUCUGUAUAUUAAUGAAAACUGUAUUUCUGGUGCAAAUCAUGAUGAAGAUGAUAGUGUGGUGUAUAAUAUAACCCCCGAAUUUUAUAAUUGAGGUCUAUUCUAAAUCAAACUUUUUUUUUUUCCUUUUUUUGGCAAAUUUCUCCUUUCAGUUGCUUUUUCUGGUUGUUCCUGAGUUCCCUGUCAUGGUAAUAUUGAUGUUUCAUGGUGCUGUGUUUGUAACUAUGGCUUUUACUUUUUUCUUGUGGAGACAGCAUGCCUGGUUUUAAAAACUGUUUUUAUCCAACCUGUUUUAAUGGGGCAAACUAUCAUGUAUGAUAAACUCUGAAAACAAGUGAUAUCUAUCAUUGGCUGAGGGGCCAGUCAUGUUGCUGAAUACUGUAAUAUCAGAGAUUUUAUUGUGAAAGGAAGCAUGUUUAUCUAUCUUUUUGUUCAUCAGUUCAUCUGGAACAGUGUAGAGGGAAGGACAGCAACGCAAACACAGAUUAAAGUAGUUCAAACAACA